AUGCCAGAAAACAGAGCCGCUCACAUCACUGCUUUCAAAGAGACAGCAAAGUUGAAGGUGGAUUCUGCGCCUUAUCCAAGCGUGACCCCAGACACCAUUGUCGUCCGUAACAGAGCAGUGGCUACCAAUCCGGUCGACUGGAUUUUACUCAAGUUCGGUUUCGUUGUCAAAUGGCUGUUGAAAUUACCAUAUGUGGGUGGAGAAGACUCAGCUGGUGAAGUUGUUGAAGUGGGAAACAGUGUCUCCAACUUCAAGAUUGGGGACAGGGUCUUCUGCUAUUGUACUGGAUUGGAUUCAAAGAUCAAUAAUCCGGCUUAUGGUUCGUUCCAGCUCUAUUCGCUGAUUGAUCCUAAAGUCGCUACUCUUAUCCCGGACGAGCUUUCCUUUUCAAAAGCCGCCGUUUUGCCUCUUGGACUUGCUACUGCUGCAGCUGCAUUGUUUGGGCAGACGAAUCUGGCUAUGGAUUACCCCACUUUGCCUCAUGCGCGAAGAAACGGGCAGGUCGUGAUUAUUUGGGGUGGAUCGACGUCGGUAGGUCUCAACGCCAUUCAAUUGGCUGUUGCAGCUGGUUAUGAAGUGUACUCAACCUGUUCGCCAAAGAACUUCGAUCUUUUGAAAAGCUUGGGUGCUUCUCAUGUAUACGACUACAGAGAUGUCACUGCAGUGCAAGAGAUUGUUUCCCAAAUUGGAGACAAAAAUGUUGUGGGAGCUGUUGCAAUCAAAUAUGCUUCUGCUGAAAAAUGUUACGAAAUCUUGAAACAGGUGAAUUGUCCAUCGAAAAUUGUUGCGGUGGUCUCAUUACCAGUGUCGGAUGAAACCAAUGUUCUUGUGAUUUCUGCGAAUCUGAUUGUAUUCGCGCUGAAGUACUAUGUCUUCCAAUGGUCUGGGGUGAAACUGAAAAAAGUGAAUGCUCUUGAUGCCCGUCUCCCUGACAUUUCAGAGAAAAUCUUUCACGAUUAUGUUCCAAAGGCAUUGGCGAGUGGUGAUUUUGUGGCCUCUCCAGAGCCAAUAAUCAUAGGAAAUGGUUUGGAUAACAUUCAGACAGCCUUGGAGUUCCACAAAAAGGGAGUUUCUGCAGCCAAGGUAGUUGUGACCCUUGAAGAUUAA